GAUUUCUGACCAUCAGGCCUGUCCACGAGAACUGAACUGGCAAACCUGCUUUUCUGUCCUAAAACUAAGGAACUGAUUGGCACCAUGAAGGUCUUCUGCAGCAGGACCAAUCCUACUACGGGGUCCAUGGAGUGGCUGGAGGAGGAUGAGGACUAUGAUUACCACCAGGAAAUUGCAAGGUCAUCCUAUGCAGAUAUGCUGCAUGACAAAGACAGAAAUAUAAAAUAUUACCAGGGCAUACAGGCUGCUGUGAGCAGGGUGAAGGAUAGAGGACAGAAGGCCUUGGUUCUCGACAUUGGUACUGGCACGGGACUCUUGUCAAUGAUGGCGGUCACAGCAGGUGCCGAUUUCUGCUAUGCUGUCGAGGUUUUCAAGCCUAUGGCUGAUGCUGCUGUGAAGAUUGUAGAGAAAAAUGGCUUCAGUGAUAAGAUUAAGGUUAUCAACAAGCAUUCCACUGAGGUGACUGUGGGCCCAGUUGGUGACAUGCCGUGCCGUGCCAACAUCCUGGUCACAGAGCUGUUUGACACAGAAUUGAUUGGGGAGGGAGCGCUGCCCUCCUAUGAGCAUGCACACAGGCAUCUUGUGCAGGAAAAUUGUGAGGCAGUGCCUCACAGAGCAACCAUCUACGCGCAACUGGUGGAAUCCAAAAGGAUGUGGUCAUGGAACAAGCUGUUUCCCGUCCACAUUCAGACCAGCUUCGGAGAGCAGGUCAUUGUCCCUCCUUUGGACUUGGAGAGGUGCCCUGGUGCACCCUCUGUCUGUGACAUUCAGCUGAACCAGAUGUCACCGGCCGACUUUACCAUCCUCAGUGAUGUACUGCCUAUGUUCAGUGUGGACUUCAGCAAGCAAGUCAGUAGCUCAGCAGCCUGCCAUAGCAGGCAGUUUGAACCUUUGGCAUCUGGCCAAGCUCAGGUGGUUCUCUCCUGGUGGGACAUUGAAAUGGACCCUGAAGGGAAGAUCAAGUGCACCAUGGCCCCCUUCUGGGCACUUUCAGACCCAGAGGGGCUUCAGUGGCGGGACCACUGGAUGCAAUGUGUAUACUUCUUGCCACAAGAGGAGCCCGUGGUACAAGGCUCAGCCCUCUGCCUGGUAGCCCACCACGAUGACUACUGCAUAUGGUACAGCCUGCACAAGACCAGCCCUGAAAAGAAUGAGAAAGUCUGCCAGAUGCGCCCUGUGUGUGACUGCCAGGCACACCUGCUCUGGAACCGGCCUCGAUUUGGAGAGAUCAAUGAUCAGGACAGAACUGAUCAAUACAUCCGGGCCCUGAGGACUGUACUGAAACCAGACAGCAUCUGCCUCUGUGUCAGCGAUGGCAGUCUGCUCUCCGUGCUGGCCCAUCACCUUGGGGCAGAGCAGGUAUUUACAAUAGAGAGUUCAGCAGCUUCUCAUAAACUGAUGAAAAAAAUCUUCAAGGCUAAUCACUUGGAAGAUAAAAUUAAUAUAAUAGAGAAACGACCUGAACUAUUAACAGAUGCAGACUUGGAGGAUAAAAAGGUCUCUCUCCUCCUGGGCGAACCGUUCUUCACCACUAGCCUGCUGCCGUGGCACAACCUCUACUUCUGGUAUGUCCGGACCGCUGUGGACCAGCACCUGGGGCCUGGAGCCGUGGUGAUGCCCCAGGCUGCCUCACUGCAUGCCAUGGUUGUGGAGUUCAGGGACCUGUGGCGGAUCCGGAGCCCCUGUGGUGACUGUGAAGGCUUCGAUAUACACAUCAUGGAUGACAUGAUUAAGCAUGCCCUGGACUUCAGGGAGAGCAGGGAGGCUGAGCCCCACCCACUGUGGGAGUAUCCUUGCCGCAGCCUCUCCACGCCCCAGAAGAUCCUGACCUUUGACUUUCGGCAGCCAGUCCCUCAGCAGUCCUUGCAUGCUGAGGGCUCCAUGGAGCUGAGGAGGCCUGGGAGGAGCCACGGGGCUGUUCUGUGGAUGGAAUACCACUUGACCCCAGACAGCACAGUCAGCACUGGCCUCCUGGAACCUGCAGACGACAAGGGGGACUGCUGCUGGAACCCCCACUGCAAGCAGGCCGUGUACUUCUUUAGCACUGUGCUGGAUCCCAGGGUGCCACUAGGGGGCCUGCAGACAGUCACCUAUGCUGUGGAGUUUCACCCCCACACCGGAGACAUCACCAUGGAGUUCCGGCUCGCAGACACCCCAGAAUGACUAUCCCUUGAGAAAUAAAGUGUCCUGAGGGCUG